AUGAGUCAAUCUUUGACAACCAGCAAUGAAUAUACCUCUUUGACUGCUGAUCUCGCUUGGCACACCAACAUUGCAGUCACGAGAACGAGUGAGCGUUCUGUAGCCGAGAACCGUGAGCUCUACGAUCUAGCACUUCGUGGGCUGCAGUGUCUAUCCUCCUGGUCUGUACAAGUUCUGGACACUUUCACAUGGAAGCUCGCUCAUUGUGCGGACGAACACACAAACCGCGAAUGCCCCAAAGAUGCCGAGAACUACGAACGUGCUACUCGAUACAACUAUACUCCAGAAGAGCGUUGUGCUCUCAUUCGACUUGUCACAAUGAUAAAGUCCGUUCAAACGCAGUUGCUGCGUCUUGAAACCAAUUAUUCGGAGGCGAUUCGCCGAUCCGUCUAUCUUGACUUGCACGGCCUUCUAAACCACUUUCGUAACCUUCUCAUCAAGGCUAGCAACAAGAAAAAGGAAAAAAUCAAACUAAACCGAUUAGUUCAUGCGCUACAAGCUACCUGUGCUGAUCAAGCUGUUGUUGAUGCAGUGGAGGCGGACCUUCUGAUGACUGGUUCUAGCAACAGCGUUGGUAAGUCAGGAUGGGGAGGUCGACCAGUGUCAGCGAAGGCCUCGGCACAAAAUAGCCUCACCUCGGGAUCGAAUUCGACAUUGGCUAAGGCGGCUGAGUCGAUGGCCAGCACUCCUAUUCGUCGCGUAGGUCCCUCUUCCACGCAACUCUACUUAGUUCGCACCAUGCUUGAGCUAAUGAUUGAUCAGGCCUCCCCAGCUGCAAAGUAUCACUCACUGAGGAAGGAACUUGAUGGUACUACAAUGGUUGCGAUUGAAACCUUUCUGAAAAACAGCUUUUACUGGCCCUACCUCUUGAACUUUAGUGGUACGUUUGGUUUAUUUGCUGUGGAGUUGGUGUGCUCAUCUACUUCUGCUUUGUAG